UGAUAAAAAUAACAUUCAUAUAUAAUGAAACUAAGUAUUGAGCUGUUUAGAUCAGUAUGUAAGCAAAGCAUGUUCAGUUUGUCAGAGUAAAUGUGCUCUUCUAUGAUGUCCUGUAGAGCUGAUGUGGUUAGAGAUACAGAAGGGGAAGGAAAUGUUAAUAUCAGUUGCUGACGCCACAUUGUUCACUCAGUACGGAAGAGAGCGACAGUAACGUUUGACACACAGAGUUUGGUGUUUUAUUUUAGAGAAACUCUUGUCAAAGUUGAUCAUGUGGGAUGUUCUGCUGCUCUUUUCCAGCAUCUGUACAGCUGUUGUUGUAGGAGCUCCAGAUACAGUUACAGGACACAGAGGAGAGAGAGUUGAGAUCAGAUGCUCAUAUAAACCUGGAUCUGAAUCAAAUUCAAAGUAUUUUUGUAAAGGAGAGUGUACGAUUGGAAAUAAAAACAUCAUGGUUGAAUCAGGAUCUCCAGCUAAAGACGAGAGAUUCUCUCUGACUGACGACAAGAAGAACAGAGUUUUCACCGUCACCAUCACUGAUCUGAGAACAGAGGAUGAAGGACAAUACUGGUGUGCUGUGAAGAGGAGUUUGCCUUUAACUGAUGUCUAUUCAGAGAUUUUGUUGCUGGUUAAACCGGAUGAAAAGCCUCCUGAGGUUUCAACCAUCAGACCUUUUUCAAAGAAACCAACAUCAUCAUCAUCAUCAUCAACAUCAUCAGCAUCAACAUAUUUCAGAACAACAGAACUGAAUCUACAAUCCACCAGCAUGAAUCACCUAGGUCAAACAGUUCAUCAUGGUGCUGGUAGGAAUGUGAUUGUGAUCGCAGUGGCAUCAGGAGGAUUAUUGUUCAUCAUCAUCAUCAUCAUCAUAUUUACAAUUCAGAAGAAAAGGAUAAACAGAAGAUCUAUAAAUGAGUAUGAGAACGUUGAUCCCAGUGCAGGCACAUAUGCAGCUCUUGACCUCAGGUCCAGAUCUUCUGACCCUUAUGGUACACUCACACAGGGUGGAUUAUUUUGUUCAUUGAACACUGAGGAUUUAGGGUUAAGAUAUAAGCUGCGUCUGAUCAGCGGCGAAUUCCAGCUGCUUGCAGGUGAAGGUGGCUUCAAGUCUCGUAGAUCAAUUGAAGAGAUCAUAUCUGUGUUGCUGAAGGAGAAUGAAUCGAUUUGCCAUGUGAUCAGGUCACUGUCUGUGGACAUUACAGUGAUAGGAAAGGAGGGAGGACAAGUGCUCAUUAAGUGUCCUUAUCCAAGAGGAUAUGAAACAUUAUACAAAUACUUCUACAAAGGACCUUACAGACACCGUGUCCUUUUUCUACAAUCUCAUGGGAAAAAGACCUCACCCAGAUUCUCAUUGCGAGAUGAUCGUCAGACCAGAUCAUUUACAGUGACCAUCAGUGAUCUGAAGAUGGAAGAUGCUGGAAUAUACGGCUGUGGAGCUGGAUGGAGAGACUAUAAAGAAAUCCUACUAAACGUGAUCAGAGAUCAAACUAUCAGCUCAUUUUCAAACACGCCGCCCUAUCUGAGAACAUCAGACACAAACCCACAAUCCAGCAGCAUCACGAUCACAGACCAUCAGAUCAGCUCUUCAACAGUGAUUAUUGUCACUGUGGAGGAUUUAGUUUUACUCCUGAUAGCAGUUCCAGUGAUUAUAGUGGCUAUGAGAAAUAAAAAGAAAAAUAAAGGUCUGCUGGAAGAGUUUAAUCCAGUGUUUUAUGAACAGAUCAAAGAUGCUGAACGUCACUGUGACCCAGAGGACAGAGACACAAUUACAACUGUAUUUUACAGCCGUGGUUCAUAAACUAUUAUGCUAUAUGAGAAUCCAGCACUCCAUCAUGAACUCCUAAACACAAUGAGUUUAAUAUAAUAUAAUAUAAUAUAAUAUAAUAUAAUGUAGGGACCCCUAAAAUGUCUAUUUGAAUAUGAUUCAUGUUGAGAAAUAACAUGAGUCAAAAUGUAUUUUGUUUUAAUUUUUAUUUCAAAAUAUGUAACUGUAUUUUUAUGUCCAGUCAGAAAUUGUUUAAUGCAAGUGUUAUGUUGCUGGCCAAUGACUGUUGAGCUUUAAUGUUACAUCAUGACGUGAGUUACGUACGGAAGAAGAGGAGGAGGAGCAUCGCACAUGGCAAGAGAAGGCUGAUAGAAAGUUCGUGUGUUAGAAGUGCGUCAUUUUGGAGACUUCAUAUAUUUCUUUGAAAUAUUAGGCCCAAAGUGUACAGAAACGGUGCUCGUUUUGUUUCUAUUCUUUAUUUAAAGUGUAUUUCAUUAUUCCAUUUAUUAGUUUUUUUCCCGAGUCGUGUAUGAGAGUGACUAGGGCUUAACAGCUAGUGAUGUUUCAAGUUCGGAACAAUAACUGAGAAAGUUAUUGGACAUUCGUGGAUUCAUCACAUGUUGGACAGAUCGUGUGGAUCGUCGUGGGACGUGGAUCUACUGGAUUCAUCGUGUGUUCGUGACUGCUCGUGAUGGGAAACAGUGUUCGUGGCGUAUGUAAUCUCAACAUUGCUUCAAUUUCAUCGGAUGGAUGUAAGUGAAUUCAUCAUUAAGGCUGUUGAAUGUGAAUUACAUUGAAUUCGUCAGUUGUUAAUGUGCACCAACGAGCUGGGCCCCAACGGUAACGAAACGAACAGUAUAUUUGACUGCGUCACUGACUCGUGUAUAUUUGACUGCGUCACUGACUCGUAAUAUUGAACUGAAAGAGCUUGAAUGUUGUUAAACACAGGUUUUAUUAUUUUUUUUUUGAAGUGUUUAAUUGAUGUUAAGAGAAGUGUGUACAUUUUCUUUACUGAUUUAAGUGACUCUGGAGAAAAUGGAGUGUGGGAAUUAUCUUAAUGUAAAUAAAUAAAUCUCUGUUAUUCCUUUUCUCCUUAAAAA